AUGCCGGCACGUCUGGGUCACACUGGAAGUGAUGUCAUCACAAGGCGGCAACCAUCGCACCCCACACGGGGCCUCGUGGCCCCUCAACCCGGCCCUGCCCGGGAGGGAGCAGAGGCGGUUUUAGAGGCGGCUUCCAGCAGGCCGGUGGAGGGCGGAGAGGGCCCACCUACCGACCCACCCACCCCCAGGCCAGGCGGGGAGGGCGGCGCUGCGCUGCGCCGGCCGCCCCUGGAGUGGAGCCGGCGCGCCACGACGCGCACGGGGCGGAGCGGCAGGCGGGGCGCGGGGAGGCUUCGGCGGGGCGCGCGGCGGGCCCAGGCCCGGCUGGUUCUGCCGGCCUCCCAGCGGAUGGGGCGGCGAGCGGAGCCGGCGACAGUAAGUGGCUUCUAUCCGCAGGGGCCCCCUUCGGCGGGCAGCGCGCCCUUGGCCGUGUCUGUUGAUUCGGAGGAUGACGAAAAUGACUACCACAAGAGUGUUAAUUCCUUAUACAAGACAGCAGAUACCGCGGUCCAAGAAGAGGAUCCACUCCUUGAGGAGCCAGCGCAAAAGAGACCCGCUUUGUACAGGCCUAAAGACCACUUCAAUGGCACCUAUAUUAUCUUCUUCCUUCUGGGGACUGGCUCUCUGUUGCCUAUGAACUUCAUCAUGACUGCGAAGCAUUACUGGAUGUAUAAACUUCAAAACUGCUCAGAAGAGCUGUCUCCAGCAGAGCAGAGACCCUCAGAUAUCCGUGACUUCUUUGAAAGCUACAUUUCCGUGGCUUCCACUGUGCCUUCAGUGCUCUGCUUGAUUGGGAACUUCCUGCUGGUCAACAAGGUCUCCGUUCAUGUGCGCAUUCUGUCCUCCUUGGUUGUCACGCUGGCUGUCUUCAUGGUGAUCACAGUGCUGGUGAAAGUGGACACCUCUUCUUGGACGCGUGCAUUUUUCAUAGUCACCUUGACCUGCGUCGCCAUCAUCAGCAGUGCCACCACAGUCUUCAACAGCAGUGUCUUUGGCCUCACGGGGUGUUUCCCCAUGCGGAAUUCCCAAGCAGUGAUUUCAGGUCAGGCCAUGGGAGGAACGGUGAGUGCCGUGGCAUCCGUGGUGGAUCUGGCGUCAGCGUCUGAUGUUACAGACAGUGCUCUGGCCUACUUCUUGAUGGUGGAUGUCUUCAUUGUUCUGUGUAUUGGGAUGUACCUAAUCCUGCCCAAGUUAGAAUAUUCCAGGUUUUAUAUAAAAUGCCACAAAGACAGCACACAGACUGGUGAUAGUUUGAAGGAAGAUGAUUCAACACCUGGUAACACCAGAAGAAUGACACCAAGGACAAACGGUGCAGGAAGCAUGCCACCCUUGUGGGCCAUCCUACAAAAGACUGGCAUGCUGGGCUUCUGUGUCUUCUAUGUCUAUUUCAUCUCUAUCAUCAUUUUCCCUGCUGUCUCCUCCGGCAUAGAGUCUGUCGCUGAGGACUCGGGCAGCUUGUGGACAGAUAAGUACUUCACACCCCUAACUAGCUUUCUUCUGUACAACUUUGCUGACUGGUGCGGGAGACAAAUCACGGCCUGGAUCCAAGUCCCUGGACCCAAGAGCAAGCUGCUGCCCACAAUGGUUUUGCUGAGAACUUUUUUGGUGCCAGUCUUCAUGCUUUGCAACUAUCAGCCUCGGAUGUACAUCACAAAGGUGCUCUUUGCCCAGGAUGUCUACCCAGUGGUCUUCACGGUAUUCCUGGGAUUCAGCAAUGGCUACUUGAGUACAUUGUCCAUCAUCUACGGCCCCAAGGUCACACCUAAAGAACUGUCAGAGUCAGCAGGGGUGCUGAUGAUGGUGUUCAUGCAGUUGGGGCUGGCUAUGGGCGCCGCCUUCUCCGUUCUCGUGGUCCAUUUCAUCUAGAAGAGACGAGU